CAUAAAUAUAAAUAUAAAAAAUGAGUGAUUCAGAAGAUACACCAACCAAGGUUAGUCGUCCAGCAGUUAUUGUUGAUUAUUGUAAAGUUUGUUCAUUACCAACAGAAUAUUGUGAAUAUGGACCAUCAGCAAAAGAAUGUUUAAAAGUAAAUGGACCACAUAAAAAUAAUAAUAAAAAUACACCAGCAAGUGGUGAUGCAGCUCCAGCAGAUUCAUCAACUUCAACUACCACCACUACCAGUACUACUACAGAAGAGUCAGAUUCAAAUACAGAAAAAUUAAAAGAUUUAAAGAUUGUUGAUGAUUCAAAAGAAAUUAGUCAUGUUGGUGCUGGUGAAGAAAAUGAUAAAGAAAAAGAAGACAAAGCAGCUUCAAGUAAAAAGAAAAAAGAAGUUAAAAAAACUAUUAUUAUUGAAGUUAACCAAAGAAAUAAAAGAAAGCAUAUUACAAAUAUUACAGGUUUAGAAUUAUAUGGUAUUAAAUUAGCCGAUUCCCAAAAAUUAAUGGCAAAGAAGUUUAGUUGUGGUUGUUCAGUCAUUAAAGAUACUAUUACUAUUCAAGGUGACUUUAAAGAAGAAUUAGUCGAUUUCAUUGAAGAGAAAUAUCCAGAUAUUCCACUUUCUGAUAUUUAUUUCCUUGAAGAAGGUAAAAAAGUUAAAGCCAGAUAA